CUCUUUGAUACUAUUGUUAAGACUUAAAACAAAAACAUAUUUUGAAAAGUGGACUGUUUUGUAGUAUUUAUAAGUUACAGGAGGCAAUAUUAUAAAUUUCUUAAUCUUACACAACACUCCCCUGUAAACAUGUAACUCCUAUAUCUCUCUACUCUCCAUCAUCAUUCUUUCUCUCUCUAAAACACCUUCAUAUGCUUCUGAAUUCUGGAGUGAGAGAUUCGUAUAAAAAGAAGCACGCAUAUAGUAUGUUGUACUGUGUGUAACUCUUUCUUGGCAACUGCACCCACAACAUAAUAAUCAUCUUCCACCGGUGAUUACCUUUGAAAUUCGAAUCUAGACACGUUUAUGUAAUUUGAUGGCGAAAAGUGAGGUGUUUGAAGGGGAUCAGAGCGUGGCGGUGGCGAAGGUUAUGACAGAGUUGAAGAAGGAAUUGAAUAGACUUGUGAAAGCGAUUAUUGAAGAUUCAUCAUCGGAGGAUGAAAAUGGAUUUGGAUGUUUCGAGAGAGCGAAUCAGACUUUGCAAGCUUUGAAAGAAUCGAAAGAGGGAGGAGGGAAACAACGAUCGUCUUCGAUUAAACGACUCAAUGAUAAUAAUCGUAAUAACAAUGAAAGUUCGACGUCGGUUUGGGCUUCUUGUUAUCCUCUCUACUGGUCAGACAUACGAUAG